AUGCUCAGAAGCACUCGGAAGCCAGCUCUGUUCGCACCGAAGGUGUUAACUCGCGGCAAGGCGGGCUAUGUUCCGCCUGGAGGUAAAACCGUCAUGCCAAAAAGGAUACCUAGAAAACUCAGAACUGGUGAUGUUCGUCCUGCGAUCUACUACAAAUUUGAGCAGAAGGUCGAAUUAUCGGAUGGAUCAACAGUGACCAGAAGGACUCCGUUCCCACGAUCAGAGUGGAAAUAUUUAGCAGAUCAACGCAAUAAUCCCCUAUGGAAUCCAUCCAAACCUAAUCUGAGGGCUUUGGAACUCGAUGCUGCCGGUCGCCUUGCCAAGUUCAAGCAGAAAUAUUCAGGCUUUGAAGACCCUUCAAACAAGAGCGAGUCUACAUCCAGCCUGGAUCUUGAUGAUCUUAUUAGCACAGGUGCCGAGCAAAUCACUACUGGUAAGCUCUACCAAGCUAAGAAGCCCAGUAAAAAGAAGAAAUAA